AUGGGUGGUUCAGUUCAGACAAGGGGGAUAGUCCACCCAGAGUCGGGGGUAUCCAGCUUAGACCCAGACAGUGGGGUGGUCGAGCUCAGUGUUGGGAUUCAGCUCCAAAUGGGGAUUGGUCCAGCUCAGUGAUGGAGUCCAGGUUAUAAUAGACAGUGGUCCAGUACAGAAUGAAGGGGUCCAUCACACUGGGGAGUCGUCCAACCCAAUGUUGAGAUCUAGCUCAAAUUGGGGGAUUAUCCAGUCCAGAAUAGGGGUCCAGUUCAGAAUGGAGGUUGGUCCAGUCCAGUGUUGGUGUCCAGCUCAGACUGGGGAAUGGUCCAGCCAAGAGCAAGGAAUCCAAGCUAGACUGGAGGAGUCAGCCAGCCCCGAGUAGGGAUCCCAGCCCAUACUGGGCAUUCCUGCCCCAGAAUUUCCAGGACAACCAGGUUUCAGGGAGCAGAGGGUCCUGAAAUUGUUGUCUACAGGGGUCUGAGGCUGGGCCCCUGCCUUCUGCUGUGGCCUUGGCUUUUUGAGAGAUGUUCUCUCUGUGAGCCCAAAUCAAAUCCGGACCAGUGUGGAAGCUGGCACCCCUCCCGCAGAAGACAUGGACAGGCGGGCAGACUCCAGAAGCCAGCUGGGUUUCCCUUCUCUGCCACUUCCUGUUGUCAGCAGGGGCCAUGGGUGCCCGGGCACUCUCAGGAGAAGCUGCCUCUGACCCUCCACUUCUUUUGGGAUCUGAAAAGAAGGAGGAAGAUGGUCAAGGCUGCUUCCCCUCCCCCACCCCUGGGUUUAGCAUUUCGUUUCCGGUUUGGACUUUCAUGGCUGAGAGCAGAGCCAAGCACAGGGCAAGGUUUGACAGAGGCCAAGGACAUCCUGGGAUGCCAUUCCCCUCUCCACCCCUGCAUACGAGCAAGACAAAGCUAGAUGUACCCAUCUCUUUCUCGGAGCAGCAAAAUUUGGGGGUGCUCCAGGUUCAGAGAGCACUUGGGAGAGAAAAUAGGGUGGCUCUCAUUCCCCUCCCACCCCUGCCUUUCUCUCCAGCUGCUCUUUCAGCUAAUUAACGGAGCUCUGGGGCCUCUGACCUCCAGGGAGCCCCUGGCUGCUGCCUUGGCCUGAGCCUUAACUCCUUCCCCUCUGCCCAGUGGGCUCCGCCCUGGGCACAUUGGGUGCCAUCCUCUGAGUAGUCCAGCACCCACUGAGAAAGGCAGAGCCUGGCAGCCCAGGAGCAGUGAAGUCCCUGGAAAAGGAAGUUAGCUUUAGCACCCCGCCCCCAGGGCAGGCAGGCCAGCCAGGAGGGACACCCUCAGGAGAAUCUUCCCACCGCCUCCUGCCAAGGAGGGCCUUUACAGACCUUGGCCAGCAGGGAGCAGGUACCUAUAAAUGCUUCCCUGGCAACCAGCUCCUCCUCCCCUGUCCCCCGAGGCCCUCCCAAGGAAGCCAGCUCUGAGGCUCUGUGUAUUCCUGGUUUCCCUGCAAAGGGAAGGUUGCAGGGAGAGCUCAGAGCAGCCUGGGAUGGAUCUGGGCUCAGGCAGGGGCUGGGGUGGGGACUCAGAGACCACCUUCCAGCUGUGGCUGCAGCUGCUCCUCUGGGGCCACCUGAUUGUCCGUUUCCUGGGCUACCUGCGCCACACCCUUUUGGCACCUAAGCCUCAGCCAGCACCGUGAGCCUCCCUGGCCAGGGGCAGACAGGCCCCAGAUCACCCUAUCCCACUGCACCCCUCAUUGUACCCUCUGCUGGAAGAGGCAGGAAGCAGAGGUGAGUAUGGGGGCUCCUGGCUGGGAUUCCCCCCAUCAGUAUCUCUCUUUAUCUGCCCACUCUUCCUGGCACUGCCACACCCUGCAUCCCAUCCCCAAAUCUGGCAAACCGAUGGCACCAGAGAGGACACAGCCUGGGCUGUUCUGCACUUUGAAAGGCUAGAGCAGGGCUGUGCUAGGAUCAAGGUGCCCUGUGGAGCCUCUCAGUGGGGUACCAGCAGACAGACAGAGGCACCAGCAGACAGACAGAGGCGUAGGCCCACAAGUGGUGGAAAAGCAGGAUGUGGCCGUUCUCAGGGACAGCUGCGAACAAAAGGAGAAGCAAGCCCAGGCUUUCUCCUGGGUUCCUCCCAAGCCCACUCCUCUCUGACUUCUUGGGUGGGUGACAGUAGAGCCCCAAAAGGGUACCUCACCCCCACCUCCAUCCAGAAUGUAGUGUGUACGUUUGGAGAUUUCCAAGGAAGGUGAUUCUGCUAAUGAAAGCAUUGGAUGUGGUGCAGGCCCCAGGCUUAGAGAGGUCUGACAGUUGGUGGCCCAACCAGGCACCAGCCUAGGAUUCCUGGCCAUUCCUUGAUCACCCCCUCUGCUCAGUCAUUCUUUGUAGGGCUUUUCUGGCUAACAGUCUUUCCUGAAUCUGCCACUCCUGUAGCCCCAUGAAAGGCUCUUAACUUUGAACGCUGAGGGAAAGACUUGGGGACAAUUGGGGGGGACAGGGUUGUGGCUACCCAUGAGGCUAUGUGGGAUUCCUGGCACUGUAUAUGGGUGGGAUAAGCCAAUGAUAGGCAAAGCCAAAGUAAAAGUGUGCAGGACCCCUCAGGAUGGCAACUGUCCCAGGAACAACAGGGUUGAGGACAGCUCUGUCCAAGGGCCACCCUGAUGCCUGGUGACCAGUCAGAAAUAAAGCAGUUAAUAUCAUGGGCAUUGGGGCCCGGGAAGUGAUCCCAGGCCAGUCUUCUCACCUGUACGAUGGGAGUAAGAGCAGCUCUGAGCCAUCAGUGUAGGAAUUAAGCACAGGAAGCAUUCAGCACAGAGCUGGUACACAGGGAGGGUCCCUGAACAACCAUGCGCCUGGCCCCAGGUGGCAGUUACAAGGACAGGUCCGUAAUGUAAGAAUACAUCUGGCCACACACUUAAGAUUUAAGCACUCAAUGCUCCGCCUGUGUUUUAUACCUCCAUUUUAAAAAAUACUUAAAAGCAAAAUUAAUAGCUAACACUUAUAUGGCUCUAACCCUGUGCCAGGCACCAUCCAACACCCUUUGCGAAGGUUAACUCAUUCAGUCCUCACAAUCACCCUGCCAGGUCAUGAUUAUUAUUGUCCCCAUUUUACAGAUGAGGAAAACCAAAGCCCAGAGGUGAGAUCAGUUCCCUAAGGUCACACAGCUCAUCAGGGACCAGGCCAGGAUCCGAACCUGAUCUCGUCUCAGAAUCCUGGUCCUUAACUGCUUUGCUGGGCUACCUCUCCACAUUAGCGGGAAUGCCUAUUUUCAGGCCUCAGUUUCCUGGGAUGGUAAAUGGGGAGAAUGGAUAAAAGGAAAGUUGGCAAGUGAAACAAAUGAGAUAGUGGACACAGAACAGCAAGCCCAGGGUCCCCCAAGAAGGCUUCAGUGUUAGCCAGAUGGUGAUGUUUGCUUUGGGGUGCAGAGGGGCCUGCAGGGGGCGGACAUCAGGCAAAGCUUCCCUUGAACCUGCUCUGGAGUGAGGGCCCCUCUAUUGGCAAAGGCGGGAAUGGGGCCAGCUGGGGGCCAAGGCAACAGCUGAACCCCCCAAGGGCGCCUGCUACCCGAGCCCCAGAGGCCUCCACCCGGGGCCUGGCCUCCCUAGAGAAGGGGCCAGAGGAGCAGCCAAAUCCCGAGGCUAUAAAUACCUCGGCCGGCGGCGUCGCUGGCUGUGGAAUGCUGGUCAGAACUGGGGCGAGGGGGGGUGGGCCGGCCUGGGCGCCGCCCUUUGUCCCCCUGAGAGUGACCCCCAAGUUGCUCUGUCCCCCAUUUUGGACAGAGUGCAGGCUGGACCCUACCUCUCUCUGGUAAAGGGAGCCCAGGCCCCAGCCCAGAUCAGCCCCCACCCCCCAACAGGCUACCCUCAGACUCAGUCAGGGCAUCCGAAGACACUGGGAGAAGGUCAGGCUCUGGGCUGAGACGACUGCACCCCACUAUCCACAAAUCCGCAUCCCCCCAGGAAUAGCCCAGGACCAGGCC